AUGGGGAAGUUUCACCUGCAAUUUUUUGUUGUGCUGUCGAUAGUGAACCUUUCGCUGGUCUCGGCCCAAGACCCAGCACAAAGUAAUACAACAGAGUCUACAACGGAGUCCACAAUUGAGUCAACAACGGAGUCAGCAAGUGUUUCGAGUACAGCGGGUAGUAGGGAAACAACUGGGGUCACAACCGCUUCGACAACAGCUUCUACUACUGAAGCUUCGACCACUACUAUUCCGUAUGAGGCGGAGAACCUGAUCUGCCCACGAAACCGUGGCAUGAAAGACACAUUAAGAAUAAGGGCAUCAAUGGCUCACAAUUACCGGAGGUCAAGGCUUGCUAUGGGGCUUGUCAGAAACAAGAGAGGAAGAACACUGCCAACGGCGUCCAACAUGAGAAAUUUGGAAUACAAUUGCACAAGUGAAGAAUGGACCAUGAAAGCUGCGGCAAAGGUGCUCUGUAAUUCCACCUUCGACAAUGCCUUCUUUUGUCCAAGAAAACAACGCUCUGAUUUUGAAGUCUUCAGCAGAAACUAA